GAUUUUUUUAUAAACAAGAAAGCUUUAAAACUUCCAGACUACAACUUAAAAAAAAAAACGAAAGCAAACUAAAGCAACAAUUUUAUUCUUUAUUUUCUUUAUUAUUUUUUUUUAAAUAAAACCAAUAAGAAAAACUAUCACAUCAUUAAUAUUACUCCUACAUUCAAUAUAUUACUUCAGCUGCAAUUGCUGCUGUCAUUAUCACAUUUUAAACGAGCUCCACGUAUGGAUGUAUGUGUGUGUGUGUAUUUAUUAAAACAACAUAUGCUGUUACAACAAUAAUACAACUUGACAAAUCAACUGAGAACUGAGAGUGAGAGGGACAAAGCAAAGUGCGAUAUCAACCUAUAGUUAAUAAAUUAAUUGUAAAAACAACUACAACAAAAUGUCUUCGUUAAGUUUAACACGUAAAUUACGUGGUCGUAUGCGUUCAAAUACCUGCCGUAUAAUUUUACUCACAUCUUUAGUUUGGGUUAUUGUGGACUUUGUGCUAAUUGCCCAUUAUUCCGAUUGUAUUGGCAAAGAUGGCUGGCGUUGCAAGCGUAGCGGAGAAUAUGAUAUAGAGGUAAGUUUGAAAUAUUUGAAUAGUGAAUUACAUAUAGGUACCCCACACAACGAGAUGGGUUCAAUUAAAUUAGUAUAGUUAAAGUUCAUUUAUAGUUCAGUUCAAGUUCAG